AAAACCCCACAACCAAAAGAGAAGUUCUGAGUUUAUCUCUUCACCCCGCUGUCUAUUCUUUUCCCUCCGGAAACCUAACUACCCGGGGAGACUCUAACUUAGAAGAAGAAGAAGACACGACGAUAUUGAGUAUUGAACAAAAUAAGAGGAGAUCGAAGAAAAAGAAGAAGAAGAUAUCGAAUUCAAGCAAUCAUUGGCGUAAGUUUGUAUGCUUGUACUCUGUAUUCUUACGGUUUAUGGAAACACAAAAGACACCGAUGAGCCAUUUAUCCAUUCUUCUCAAGCUAAUUCAGUUUUUAUUGCAAGGAUGAGAGUAGGCCUGAUAGGAAGUGGCAUAUUGUUUUGCCAAAACAACGAGGUCCUUAUGUGAAUGCUUUUGAGGAUCCUUUUGUCUUUACUGGCAUAGCUAAAGAAUCUUCCCUAACGGCAGCGAACUUAGAUGAUAACAGUAUAUUGAGAAGGAAUGGAAGAAGAACAUCUAGCGGUAAUAAUCUCGGUGAUUUAAUUCACAAGAUAAUGAAAUUGAGAACAUUCAUGCAAACUUUAAUGAUGAGCGUUUGCCGGUAUUCUUUAAUGGGCAUGGGCAAUGGAACGGGCCAGCACAAUUUCCAACCUGGAUCGGAGAAAUUACAAGGUCACAAAUAGGGUUAGGGUAUAAGACUUGGAAAGAGGUUCCUGAUUAAUGCAAAGAAGACAUUUGGAACUCUGUUCAAAGUACGAACCAGGUAACGAAUGUCCAUAAAAAUAUGUUUUAACAAAAGCAAACAGUGCAUGGAAAACAGAAAAAUCAACAAAAAAAAUGAUUGAUCAAAGAUGUUGCAACUGGGCAAGAAAAUAAAAGGAAGUUGCCAACAUACAGUAAAAAAGAAGACUUGGAGAAGUUUAUUGAUGACAUCAGUGUCCCAAAAUUUCAGAAAAAAUCUGAACAAGCUGCGAAAGCACGGUCACAAGUGAAGGUUUAGCAUACAGGUGGUAGGAAAUGUGUCCCUACAAGGUGGAUUGAAAUGGAAAAGGAAAUCCCCACUGGUGCGAUAUAUAACCCAGAUGUGUGUUUAAAAACACAUAGGGUCACCCCAGAUGAUAAUCCCUCAUCUUCUAAAUCACUGGCAGCUGCAGAACUAGUCAAGGUGCAGGAAGAGAAGCACAAUCUGCGGAAAGAGAAGCAGAAAAACGAAGCUUUGAAAGCACAGUUGGAUGCUGAAAGACAGAAAAACAAGACUGGAGUACAUUAUCAGAUCUCUAAUAGCUUUUAUCAGCAGGAUAUUGUGUUCCCUUCGUCGUUCGGUCUUUGUUGUUUGAGGAACUUCAGGAAAAAAGUUGUUGCACUUGCAUAUGUUGAUAGUAAGCUACUGAUUGAUGACCGCUACGAAUGCAUGAUUGAGGAAAUAUUUGAUCCAAGAGCGAUGUUUUGCAAUAAAGAUGAUGCAGUACUUCGGGAUGUUUCGAGGGGUGAGUUUAUUAAGUGUCCCAAGGCCUACGUGACUUCUGUAGGAGAGUGAUCAAGUUAGAGCGGCAAUGACAGUAUAUUGGUUACUUUUUUAAUUCAGUAUUUAAGUUGGAGUUAGAAGAUGUCUUCUAAUAUAUGUUCGAAUAUUCAAUUUUUUUUAAAAAAGUAAUUAAUAAAGUCAAUUUGUUUAACGUC